AUGGAAAUGAGCUAUGUAGGAAGUUCUACUGAGCUUGUGGGAGAUAAGGUGGAAGGAAAAGAAAAAAGAAAAGAAAAAAAAGGUGGAGAUCUGCCAAACUUGAGGGAGUUUCUGGUGGAGCCAGCAAGCUCUCCAGAACAAGACAAAGCCAGAAUAGAGAUAGGAGAAUGUGGAACAAGGCCUGUUAUGGAUGAGAUAGCAUCAGGGAUUCGGAUUGUGGGUGGACGUGAUGCUCCACCUGGGGCGUGGCCAUGGCAAGUUAGUCUUCAAGUUUACCAUUUUGGUGUAGGAUACUAUCAUAUUUGUGGCGGAUCAUUAAUUGCUAACAACGCAGUGCUGACAGCAGCACACUGCAUUAAAAAAUGGAAGAAUCCAGAAUUUUGGACAGCUGUAUUUGGCUUGCAUAAUCUCUAUCAUUAUCAGUAUUACACUGUAAAGCGUCAAAUCAAAACAAUUGUAAUCCAUUCUCAUUUCGAGAGCGAUACUUAUGAAAAUGAUGUUGCAUUGUUUGAAUUAUACAAUCCUAUCACAUUUAAUGAUUAUAUCCAGCCCAUCUGCUUACCCUACAAUCUUCCUUUUCUAAGUAAUGAUACUCCAUGUUACAUAACAGGAUGGGGAACUACAAACGAGCAAGGUAGAAGCAAAUAUAUAUUACAAGAAGCACAGGUUGUUAUUAUUCCACAAUAUAUCUGUAACAGAUACGAUUGGUAUGCUGGAGCAAUAACAUGGAAUAUGCUUUGUGCUGGCUCUGAAAGUGGAGAUGCGGAUAGCUGUCAGGGAGAUAGUGGUGGACCAUUGAUGUGCUAUGUCCAAGAUGUCACAAAGUAUUACCUGGUAGGAAUAACCAGCUUUGGUGUUGGCUGUGGCCGACCAAAACGUCCAGGAAUCUAUGUACGUCUAGUUAAUUAUAAAAGUUGGUUGAAAACUCUUUCUCUAGGUAGCAGAUCUACUACUGUGAACAUUCAUAAUGUUCUAAUCUUAUUGAUAAUAAGAUGGAUAACAUUCCAUAUUUCUCUAUGAAAA